AGUCUAGAGAAAUUAUAGUUAAAUGUAAAAUUACAGUAAAAUAUCUGGAAUUUUAUAUAAGUAGAUCGUAUAUCUUUGGAUUGACUUUAUUGAUUUUAUACCCAAUAGAAUCAUAGCCAUAAAUUCAGAGAGAUCUAUUUCGCGCACUGUUUAUUGCACAAAAAACAAUAGGAAGGAAAAUCUCUACCGCAUUCUUGGAAUAUCAUGACUUACGAAAUGACUUAUGAAAAUACGAAGUAUUGAGUGGAGCUAUACGUUACGGUUCUUGACGUUGUUCCUUCGGACAAAAUAGAAUAUCAUCUUAGAAUAAUUUAGUUUAUCAGUAUCGCGUUUAUAUAAAUUUUGUAAAAAGCAAAAGACUUUUUUUUUCUAUAACUGCUGAAUUAAAUUUACCUAUUCUAAAUAAAUUAUAUAAUUAAAAAAACUCAAAUGUAAUUAAAUAUAGAUGUGACAUUAGACACGUGUACGUCUUUAAGCUAAGCUGUCGAUUUCCGUCGGCAAAUUUAGAAUCGCACAGUACUGCGCAUAGUAAAUCAACGGGUUGGGAGUUUACUCAAGUGAUAAAAUUGUUUGAAUAAUAUUAAGCGAUGAGCUCGAAAUGGUGACAGGGAGAGGAAACGUCUUUGAAAAAGGAGUGAUUUCAUCAACUUGCGCGUGAAAGAUUACCCUCUGCAGAAUCUGUGUGUCUCAUAUAUGCUGUAUAAUCAGUGUUAUCGGUAUUCCACUCAUUCUACAGAAGCUGCUUGAACGGAACGCGGUUUCCUUUUGAAGCACACGUAGCGGAAAUUUGGAAAAUCCUAUCAUUCGUGGAGUAUGUGUCGUGUGACCAUCGUUUAAUAUUUUUCGUGAAAUAAGUAUUCCGUGAUGUCGAACAAAUCUAACAUCAAACUUAGCGUAAUAAACCUGCCCGAAAAGAAACAAAUUCAACAACGAGAUUCAAUAAUCGAAGAUGUGCCAAAUGAGAAAACUGCGGAUUUCGAAACGGCGAUUAACCUUGCCGGCACUGGGAAGUUCCAAUAUCUUCUCAUUCUUGCGAUUAUCCCGGCCUCUUGGGCAUCGAGUAUAGAUACGGGUAACAUGUCGAUGAUACUCGCAUCGGCGGAAUGCGAUUUAAAAUUGUCACUAUUCGACAAAGGACUUUUAAAUGCUAUGAUCUACGUAGGUAUGGUGUUAAGUGGUGUCGUAUGGGGAUUCCUUGCUGAUGUCAGAGGAAGAAAGAAGAUUAUAGUAUACGGCUACAUGGCGGAUGGUAUCUGCAAUGUGCUUACGGGAUUUUCGCAGAACUUUGGGACGCUUGUAUUUUUUAAAUUUCUCAGUGGUCUUAUUGUGUGCGGUCCGUAUGCUACUCUUAUGGCAUACUGUGCGGAAUUUUAUGGCGCCAACGAUAGGGCGAAGAUACCAAUUCUUGUUGGCUUUUCAGUUUCGUUUGGAUGCGUAGUAAAUGCAGCACUGGCUUGGUUAGUAGUGCCUCAGCCAUGGUCAAUCGUUCUUUGGGACGGUGCUUUCGUUUAUAAUUCUUGGAGGAUUUAUUUAUCCCUCUGUGGAGUGUCGACAUUGAUAGGUGUUAUUUGUCUCUCUUUCUUUCCGGAGAGUCCUAAAUUUUUGAUGUCACAAAAUCGUAAUGAAGAUGCUCUUGAAGUUUUCAAGAAGAUUUACAGUGUAAACACUGGUCUGCCUGAGGAUAACUGUCCUAUACGCAACUUGAGCGAUGUAAACAAUACAACUGUACAACAAUCAAACUGCCAAAACAGUGCAAAAGCAAGCUUAAAGAGCGGAAUACAACAGAUGAAACCUAUUUUCUUUAAACCAUAUUUGUCGCUCAUUUUAUUAUUUGUUACCAUACAAUUUUGUUUAAUGUUGUGUAUGAAUACUCUUCGUCUUUGGCAGCCACAACUUUUUGCGACAAUAGACAAUUUUUAUAGUCUUAAUAUGAACGUAACAAAUCCUACUUUCUGCGAAAUAUUGGAUAUUUCAAUGUCUAUUAGUGCAAAUAAAACUGUUACAUUAGAAGAAAUAUCAAGUUGUGAAAUCAUUAUGGUAGCCGAUUCAAUGUACAGAGACACGGUUAUUGUAGCAAUCACUACUAGUAUUUUUAUAUUAAGUGCUAGUUUUUUGGUUAAUUUUAUGCAACAUAGAUAUUUAUUACUUGUCGGCUUUGGAUGCUCGCUUUUAUGUCUAAUAGCUUUAAUUUGGUCUUCAAAUACGUUAACUACCCUUAUACUCACGUGCCUUUACAUUGGAUUAUUCGGCAAAACGUUUAACGUUGUAGUUGGCGCAACUGUUUUGCUUUUUCCCACAUCUUUGAGGGCCAUGGCAGUAAGCAUGCAAAUGAUAGUAGGAAGAAUGGGAGUGAUAGUUGGCAAUCUCUUAUUCCCUGUUUUACUCGAGUGUGGCUGUAUAGCACCAAUCAUUAAUCUGGCAGGCUUCAUUUUGCUGUGCAUGAUUCUUACGUGUUUCAUACCAAGCACACGCAAGCAUAUGGUGUAAGUUAUGCCGAUCUUAUGAGAUCGAAAAGGGAUUUGAGCGGAAGGCAAGUUUCACUUCUUACGACUAUCUCAGUGUAAUAACAUCUCCGUCUUGGAGGAUCCACGUUCGUUUAGCAGAGCCGAACUGGAGGUUCCAAGGAUCUGAAUCGAAACUUAUCGCGAGCUAUGAUCGAGCCCGUAUGAGGGCGGACAAUGGCCAUGCAUAUGUACAUGUAUCACACAGCGAAAGACUGCAUGAGACCUUGAGUUUCACUUUCGACACAUCCUGGAGAGCCCUCCAGCCUUCACCCACAUGCUCAUCCCCUUCUAUCCCGCGCUUCUCCUUGUGUGGACGCAGCUUUAUCGCAGAUCUCAGGACCUCACUACCUUCGUCGAUCGGUGCAAUAAAAUGUACCGGCGUAAGUGAAUUUGCACGUCCGCGAGUCGUCACCUCGGAAAAAAAAAAGAGGAAGACGUGUGAACAUGGCGUAGAUUCUUUAUAGUUGUAUUUAAUGUAUCAUUACGAUUGUUGAUAAUCGAAUCCAUGGCAGAAAUGUCUUAAAUGUUCUUGGGCAUGCAAUAUGCGAAUUAAAAGAACCAUGAAGCGCAGCGCGCGUUUAGUUGUUUCAUAAUAUUUGAUAAUGUGUAAACUUUUAUUUUACAAAUAAAUGAGUGAUUUUCAAAAAUGUAUGGUAAGUUGGUAAUUGUAGGAUUUAUUAAUUGCUCCCAUUUUUUAUUUGUACGGCGAAAAACUGAUACAAUUAAAAAAAAAAAAUUAUUUUCAGACAAACACAUAUUGAUUUUGUAUGUGCUUGACAUCUGUACAUUUUACAGUGUACAGUUUGUUAUUUUAGAUACUGAGAAUGAAUAUGAUAUAAAUUUCUUUUCUUUUUGUUUAUACAAAUAAGAUAAUUAAUAUAUUUAUAUUUAUAUUAUAAAUGCAUAACUAUCAUAUGUAUAAGUAGACAUGUGUACACAUAAAUAGCAAGAAAAAAAAACAUAAUUAGUCUCUACUUGAUAAUAAUCUUUAUUAUAAAUUAACGCACUAGCAAAACAUAACGAGCACUGCAAAAAAAAAUCCUGUUUACUGCAUCUCGUUCACGUAACGAUUAGAUAGUUAAAUGCCCGUUAUAUAAUCAAAUCGCACGCUCAUUUAGCUGUUAACGAAACCACGUAGGGUCCCGUGGUUUCUUCGGCGUUUCUCAUUGUAUAAGGGCAACGUGGCGCCCGGGACUGCAUUCCGUAUAAAUUGCGGAAGGGAGCUAUGCAUCGCACACACGUUUGCAAUGUGUGUACUAUCCGUCAGUGGAAAAACGCGUCUGCAUUUCUUCUAUCCCGCGCAACCCAAUGUCUACAUUAAAAGGCGGCACGUACCCGGCAAGCCGUGAGCACGCGUUGUAUCCUAACAACGAUCCCGCGCCUCCGACAACUUCAUCAACAAUCUCAUUUAGCACCUUCCUGACCGCAUCCUAUUUGCGUGAUCGAAGAUGUUAUAAGGGUCUCUUUGGAAAUAUCUUCUUGACACACACACACACGCACACACGCACACAUACACACAUAUGUGCGCGCGCACGAUAUUUUCAACGAUAUAUUUUGAAAUACAACGCACUCUAUUAACAUUAACAGAGUAUGGGAAGAAUACUUUUUAUAACACAAUAUAUGAUGUACUUUGUUUUUUCACAAAUUAAUUACAUCAAUCAUCCAUUUUAUCCAACAAUGGAAUAAGAUGCUUAGAAGUUUCACGCGCAAAUUGAUCUCGAGGCAUAUUUCCCUAGCCUCAAUCAACUUGCAGCUCAACCAAUGCUGAUAUCCUUAAUUAGACUGCCUUUAUAUUCAAUCUUAAAGUGAGCCUUUCAUCGAAAAAGUCUCAUCAGUAUUGUACCAAAUUGAAUUAUCGGGAUUUACUGCUGAAAUGGAAAUUGCUCCGGACGUGUCCACCUCGCUCCGAGUGGAAGGAAGAAAGCCGGUAAGAACGGGCCCCGUUGACGGGGCGAGUUCCGCUCGUGAGAAUCACUUCUCUUCGUUCUCUAAUCAUUCUAUACCGGGCACGAAGUAUCGUCGUAUCGCGAUUUCACGGCCGCUACUCGCCCGAUCGUUCGCUCCGCGCCCGUGGGUACCGCCGCGGCAAGAUAGUCGCAUCGCUAUCGUAUCGGUACGAUACUGUUAACCCUUCCGGUGAACACUCUCUCGAGAGGGGGAUAUCCACGCGGCUUCCGUUGCCACUCUCGUCCCCGUGACGUUCGCGACGAGUCACCGAGAAAGUCCACGCGCGCGCGCGCGCUGACCGUUUAUUAUUAUUAUUAUUAUUUAUCGCCGCAUCUCCAUUCGGUCGACCGUAUAGAUGAAGCUCUCGAAGUCCGCCGCCGAUGACGGCAUUCUUGUCACCGUUAUAUUUCCCGACCGUAUCGGUCUUACGCGCACAGAAGACACAACGGAUAUUGUAGAUGUCCGUAAUGUGCAAAUGUUCAAGUUUCAAGGUUUCGUCGCCGUUCGUUAAAGGAAGAUUGUCUAUAUACUGACACAUUAUUUUUGUGUUUGGAUUAUUUAUUUUUUUUUAAACUAAAAAUAGAACUUUAAAAGUAUAAAUAUAGAUAUAACAAUUUUAUUUUUGCAUUUGAAGAAUUCGUUUUUAUUUUAUUUAGAAACGAAUCAACAAUAUAAUUACCCACACGUUUUCAUAUAUCAUGUUUUUACAAUUAAUAGUGCAAAUGAGAAGAUGUCACCUUAGAAAACCUAGUCACAACAUCGGCGACUUUUUGUAAUUUUUCCGUAGCGUUUCACUGUUCUAUGCGGUGAUUUGAGAUUAGAUCAACAUUCACUUUGAUCAAGGAAGCAUUAAGAAGCGGUAACAAUUUCUUCGGCGCACGAUCAUCGAAUGACAGUGAAAUUAUCUACAUUAUCCAACAUUUGUGGCGAUCUCUGUUGCGGAAAGACUUAAUUGAACCGGCCACGAAAACCGAGAGUGAGAAAAGAGAGAAGCAGGAUGCGGCUGGACGUGUCGAAGGUUGAUUGAAGGAAUAGACCGACCAAGGUUGAAAAGUGGACGUCAACCUUGCGGCAAGUUCGCCGUCUGCGGUUACUUCUUUCGCGCGGGAGACGGCCAUGCAAUCGGUAUAAAAUUAAUUAACGACAGCUACCGACGCAGCGUGGCGAUAAGAGUCACGGCGGCACCGCGUUAAUCGUAGACGCGUCUUUUUCUCGUCUCUCUCUCUCUCUCUCUCUCUCUCUCUCCUUUUUCUUUUGGUCUCAGACAAUUGCGUUUUUCUCUGAUGACAUGCUGCCUGAGGUCGGUGACAAGUUAGUCGAGCGGCUCCGUCAAAGCCAAUUGGUUCCAGGGUGUCCGAUCGCAGCGGAAUAGAUGAGUCACUUUCGGCGUGGUUCAUCGCGCGUCUUCUUCAUUGUGCGGCGCAAUAACCGGAUGCUGAUGUCCGUUCUAUGGCAGGUGAACUUGAAAAUACAAUUUCGAUGUAGAGACGCUCGAUUACGCGUUCGUUACACGCUGAAGUGAUCUUAUCGAGGCAGCCUCGGUAUCGCCGUUCUUCUCGCCGUUGUAAACAAAUCAAAUUUUUAUUCCAUAAUGUACAAUGUCUAUGAUUAAACGUUUUCAAUUUUGGAAAAAGAGUAAUUCAAUUAAUAUAGCAUUAUAGUAUGGCUACUGGCUACGUGUACAUUGAUAUAAAUUUUUAUUUCUUAAAUUUGUUAUAAUAAAUUGAGAGUAAAUUUAACGCUUCGAAUUGAAUUCAGCCGUGAAUAGUUUACGUUCGGCUGUAGAGCAUUUAUCACCCGAUAUUGUUUUGAUCGCAUCAUCGUACAAAUUGGAUAACGGCAACAAUCGCCUAGCGUGACGCUCGUUAAUUCUCCUCUUCUUCCACGGAUUUUCUCGCGAUUGCUAACAAGCAGUCUCACGAUCCCCCGUUAUCGGCAUUUGACCGAACUGAUAAAACAAUAGCGAAGUCGCUUCCAUUUCUGCCAUUUGCAUACAGCUUCUUCGGAGACAGUGUUGAGUAUAUACCUAACCGACCACAUUGGAAAAUUAAAAUUACAAAAAUUUUUUAAAUAAUAUUUUUAUUUAUUCUGUUAAACAAAAGUGAUGAAUUAAAAAACUUGCCUAAUGUCACAUAAUAAGGUGUCUUUAAAAAUAUGGAUUUCUCUUCUGAUUUUUAAUAUUUGAAAAAUAUUAUUUUAU